AUGGCGAGUGAAACAUACAGGCUCAUGAAUGUCAGGCCCACGUUGAAGCCUGGUGUAGAUGAUGUGGGACUUAAGGAUGCUCCCCUGCGAUCGCUCUUCCCUGAAAUCCCCAACAUAGCGCCUGGUGCCCCAAAGUUGAAGGUGGCGAUUGUGGGCAGUGGGCUGGCCGGGCUGUCCACUGCUGUGGAGCUGCUGGAUCAGGGCUAUGAGGUGGAUGUGUAUGAGUCACGGCCAUUCAUUGGCGGAAAGGUUGCCAGCUGGCAGAAGGAUGGCAACCAUGUUGAGAUGGGGCUACAUGUGUUCUUUGGCUGCUACUUCAACCUGUUCAGGCUGAUGGCCAAGUGCGGCGUGCUGCAAAACCUGCUGCUCAAAGAGCACGUGCACACUUUUGUCAACACUGGCGGCGACGUGCGCGAGCUGGACUUCCGGUUCUUCCUGGGGAACAUGAAGAUCGGCGCCCCCUUCCAUGGCCUCAAAGCCUUCUUCACCACGCCGCAGCUGUCAACUCUCGACAAGGUGGCCAAUUCACUGGCGCUGGGCACCUCGCCAGUGGUGAGGGCGCUGUUUGACCCGGAGGGCGGCAUGCGCUCUGUGCGCGCUCUGGACAGCGUGUCCUUCACACUGUGGUUCAAGAGCCACGGCGGCAGCCAGGCCUCCAUUGACCGCAUGUGGAACCCUGUGGCGUAUGCGCUGGGUUUUCUGUCGUGUGACGACAUCAGCGCUCGCUGCAUGCUGUCCAUCUUCCAGUUCUUUGCAACCAAGACAGACGCCUCCGCGCUGCGCAUGCUCAACGGCUCACCUGCAGACCGCCUGCUGGCACCCAUCUCAGAUUACAUAGCAUCCAAGGGUGGCAGAAUACACACGCGAUGGGGCUGCAGAGAAAUACUUUAUGAGGAAGCGGGCAACGGUGAAACGGAAGUGACUGGGCUGCGCCUGACAAGGGCUGGCGUCGAGCAUAUCGCCAAGGCUGAUGUCUACGUUGCUGCACUGGACGUGCCAGGUGCCAAGCGGUUAGUACCGCAGGAAUGGAGGAAGUGGCCGCUCUUUGACAACAUCUUCACACUGACGGGCGUGCCAGUGAUCACAGUACAAUUGCGCUACAAUGGAUGGGUCACAGAGCUGCAGGACCCUGCCAAACUCAGGGAUCUCACCAAGGGUGCCCAAGGAAUGGACAACUUGUUAUACAGUGCAGACGCUGACUUCUCCUGUUUCGCUGAUCUGGCCGUGACCUCACCAGUGGAGUACUAUAAGGAGGGGCAGGGCAGCCUGCUGCAGUGUGUGCUGACUCCUGCCGACCCCUACAUGCCUCUUCCCAAUGAGGAAAUCGCCGCCAAGGUCCACGAGCAGGUGCUGCGCUUGUUCCCCACAGCAAAGGGCCUGGAGGUGACGUGGCAUUCCAUCGUGAAGAUCGGGCAGUCCCUGUACAAUGAGGGGCCGGGCAUGGACCCCUUCCGGCCAGACCAGCAGACCCCAGUCAAGCGCAUGUUCCUUGCAGGCUCGUACACCAAGCAGGACUACAUCGACAGCAUGGAGGGCGCCACCCUGUCAGGCCGGAUGUGCGCCUACAAAAUCUUGGAAGCCGCACCCUCACUGGCAAGAGCACCUGCUGCCGUAUCUGUUGCCUAG